AUGGCGAAUUCAGAAGAAUCAGAUAAUGACACAAUAAUACCUCCAAAUUGGGAGUAUGGAGCUUCACUGGAUGCUGAAAAUCCUACAGAAAAAGAUAUAAAACUCGCUUAUGAGAUCCUUGAUGCUCAAGAUACUUCCAUAACUGAUGAGCUAUUAAUAGAAAUUUACAGAAUUCGGGUAUUUUUUGUGGAUAUUUUUCCUAGACAACGUAAAGCAUUAGCCGUGAUUGGCAAAGCAAAACGGAGUCCGAUAAUAUCAAGGUUUUUGGCAACGGAAGAAGGGUUUCAAAAGGUUGAUUAUUCUUCGAGAAUGUAA